CGGCAGCCAGAGAAAGACGGAGACGGAGGGAUGAUCCGGCUCUGAUUCUGCUGCAACACACGAACGCAGACACAGUGUCGUCGUGAUUCACGUUAGGUCGAGACAGACUGGUUGUCCCUGUCAACUUUUGAACUCACGGCCCACGUGGGCAUUCAGCGCUCACGUUCCACCUUUUGGCGAGGAGAGAGGAAGAGGAGAAAAAGGACUGGAGUCAGAGAGCGACGGCGCCAAAGGAGAAGAACGCCACACGCAACGUAGCGGCCUUCGUUCAGUGUUCGUCGUAUUCAGGUGUCACAUCUUUAAGUCUCAAACGGGGGAGCUAAAACGGGGCGACACAACCCAGAAGCGCAAUGGGCAGGAAGGACCAGGACUUUGGUUCUUGGUUAGACAACGACAAGCGCAAAAGAGAUUCGGACCACGUUGAGACAAAGAACAGCAGUUGUGACAACCAACAGAGCUCCACAGAGACUCGCAGCUCAAUUGAGUCCGCUCGCCUUAGCGAUGAUGCCGAAGUUCCGAGGAGUCAGGCCGGCGGCAGUCGGGACUACAAUGAAGAGGAGGGUCACCUGCUCUACCACGUCGGCCUGGUGAUCAAAGAACGCUAUGAGGUGGUGUCCACGCUGGGAGCGGGAGCCUUCGCAAAGGUGGUGGAGUGCAUUGACCGACGCAAAGGCGUGCGUGUGGCCGUGAAGAUUGUGCGCAACAUCGCGAGUUUCCGGCAGGCGGCCAAGUGCGAGAUCGCCGUCCUGGAGGAGAUCAACGCCUUGGACGACGACAACAGAUUUGCUUGUGUGAGAAUGUUGGACUGGUUCGAGCACCAAAGCCACGUGUGCCUGGUCUUCGAGCUGCUGGGACUCAGUACCUACGAGGUCCUGCGACAAAACCACUUCCUGCCGUUCAGCGUGGAGCAGAUCCGACAUAUGGCCUUCCAGAUCUUCCAAGCCGUCAGCUUCCUGCAUCGCAACAAACUUACCCACACUGACCUGAAACCGGAAAACAUCCUGUUCGUCUGCUCUGACUACGACAUAGAGUACGACGACCAGACGAAACGUGACGAGAGGAGGAUCAGGAGUCUGGACGUCAAGGUGGUGGACUUCGGCACUGCCGUUUUCGACCACCAGCACCACGAAUCCCUGGUGUCAACGCGCCACUACAGAGCUCCGGAAAUCAUACUCGAUCUGGGCUGGAAUCAGUCAUGCGACGUUUGGAGUCUGGCCUGCGUUCUCCUGGAGUACCACCUCGGACAGACGCUUUUCCCGACACACGACAGUAAAGAACAUCUCGCGAUGAUGGAAACAAUCCUGGGACCCAUCCCGCCGCACCUGUUGAAACAAACCAGAAAGCAGCACUACGUCCUCAAUGGGAAACUGGACUGGGACGAGCACAGCUCCUCGGGCAGCUCCGUCCGGAAACACUGCAAGCCUCUCAAGGUACGCUGGGCACGGGAAGUCGCCGAGAAGGUCAAACAGGAAGUGACACGGGUCUGGUCCGCUUUGGCAGACCUUGCCGAGGCGAAACGAGGACGAGCGGCAGCUGCUGGACCUGCUGGCCUGCAUGCUGGAGUACGACGUGGAGCGGCGCAUCACCGUGGAGGAGGCGCUGUGGCACCCGUUUUUCAAACCCGCCAGGAGGGCGAGGCAAAGGCGAAGGAGCUAACGCCAACAGAACGCUGGACACACACAGUGAACACUCGCUAUUUGGUUUAGCAACUUAGACCAACCACAAAUGGCAAAAAUGUACAAUUCAUGAAUCUCCCCCCCCCCCCCCCAAAAAAAAAAGAUCUAAAAUAUCCAUUCGUUUUUGUUUAACCCUUCAAAUUCCAGAUGGUUUGCACAAUCCAAUUGAAGUAGUGACAAUUAAAUACUAUGUAAAUAAUUAGUUUAUUGAUUGUGAUUAAGGACUGCAUCAGGGUUCCGCGCUGAGACCCUUCCUGUUUGCGGUAGUAAUGGAUAGGCUGACAGAUGAGGUUAGAAAUCCAUGAUGUACGGAUUAGAGACGGUGGCACUGAAGAAACAACAGGAAGCAGAAAUGAAGAUGUCGAGGUUCUCGCUCGUAGUGAGCAGGUUGGAUAGGAUUAGAAAUGAACUCUUUAGAGGGACAGCCUAAGUUGGAUGUUUUGGAGACGAGGUUCGAGAGAGCAGACUUCAAUGGUUUGGACAUGUCCAGAGGCGAGAGACUGAGAAUAUUGUUAGAAGGGUGCUGAGGAUGGAGCUGCCAGGCCAAAGAGCGAGAGGAAGACCAAAGAAAAGGUUGAUGGAUGUUGUGAGGGAGGACGUGAGGACAGUGGGUGUUAGAGAGGAAGAUGCACGAGAUAGGCUUAGAUGGAAAAAGAUGACACGCUGUGGCGACCCCGUACGGGACAAGCCGAAAGAAAAAGAAGAAGAUUGUGAUUAGUUUAUUGAGACUCCAUCUUGUGUUUGACUUGGUCACCGGGGCUGCAGUAUGACGCAGUCAUGAAGACACACAUGAAGAAGACCGUAGCCACUGCUGUACUAGACUCAGUCAACCGACUCAGUCAACCGCAGUAAUGCAAAUUUGCAGAGGAUAAAGAAAACGUGCCUGUAAGUAAUGUUGUUGUCUACGUCUGUCGUAUGUUGACGUGUUCACGUGUAUGAUUCAAUCCAGUAAAUGAGGAAAAAAUGUUUCGUUUUUUUUUUAAUAAUGUAGUUUUCAUGGUUUUCAAUUUCCCAAAAGUGACCUUGAUCGAGUUACAAGGUACAAUUUGGUACAUAGCGUACAGACGUCCGGUCACCAUGAACAUAGAACAAAAAAUACACAAUUAGUCAGUUAUGUUUGCUUUUUUUUUCCCAGCAAAUGGUUUUACUUAUCCGUCCAUCCAUUUUCUUAGCCGCUUGUCCUCACAAGGGUCACGGGGAGUGCUGGAACCUAUCCGAGCAGCCAGCGGGGAGGGGGCGGGGUUCACCCUGAACUGAUUGCCAGCCAAUCGCAGGGCACUAGUUUUACUUACUUCUCCAGAAAAAAAAAUGCCCGUAUGUUAGUUUGUGAAAUGACAAGGGUUGAUCGUAUCGUAUAGCAGUACAUCGUACCUCAACGGUGUGGUUGAAGGUUUUCGGAUUCUUGAGUGUUUUACUGAAUUUUGUCACAAUGGAGAGCAUUCCUGUUCCCAAAUGACACAAGCUUGCUUUCCUGUUUAUUCUAAUUUGUGAUUAAAUAUGACCUAUUUUUGCUUGACUUUAUCAAGACAUCCUAUUUGGACAUGUUUUACUGCGCCACAUGACAUCUCUGAAACAGCAAGUAACACCGAAUUAGGCCUUAUUACCUGCCUUGCUUGAUUCGAUUACACGGACGCUUUUGCCCGAGGUCGCACUUAAGUCAAUAUUUACCCAAGCCGAGGCUCCUCGGCGCAGCCCCGGUGGCACUUUUAUUGCGUGGAGCGAACCAGAAUGUUUCCAUGGCUGAAUAAUCAACUUUUGAUAAAGCGCAGGGAACCUUAGGUUUGUUAUCUCCAGUUAAAGCAACAGGACUCAUUCGGCAAAUCAGUUAGAAACGAAGUAAACGUUAUACAGACUGUAUAUCAAUUGUGAAAUACACAACCAGCACUUUGAAGCGUUUGGUUAGUACCUCUGCCUCCCAUUCAAGAGGUUCUGGUUUCAAAUCGUGUAGAGGUUUACGAGUUUUGCCACUGAGAAUCGCUAAAGCUUUGGCCGACCGCGAGUAUGCGUAAAGUUAUGGUGAAAAGUUUGAAUAAAAAUGGAUGCAGGGAUGACAGUUCCUGUCCUGUUUGCUUGCCAAAAGCAAGCUAGGAUAGAGUCCGGAGAUGCGCAAUUACCAGACUCAGCCACAUCUUCAAGUCUGAGCGUGCGACUGAUGGUCCCAAACCUCCAAGACAGGUCCGGGAGCCGACCCCCUUCCCGCCAGGCACGCGAAAAUGUCGGCAAUCUCCGUCCUCACCUCCCUC